CGUGUAUCCACUCCAGUCACUCCCCUCACGAUUUUCACAAUUCGUCUUGAAAAUGAAGGAAUCCUCUAAAUUCCUCUCUCCGUUCGUGUUCCUUCUUGCUUGCAUUCCCGGUAUGACAGGACAGUAUUGCCCUGAUUCCAGUGACAUCCUCCCCUGCACCUGCUCUGGAGCAGACGAGAAUGGUAUCAGUGUGGACUGCUCCGAUGCCACGUCGAGCGCCCAGAUUUUCGCCGCCUUCAAUGACGCAGUUUGGCCUUUCAAAAAUCUUGCGGUAGGAUUGAAGAAAUCGGCGGAACUUGGAGGUAUCUUUCUUGAGGUCUUCGAGGACGUCUCUAAUUGGUUGCCACAGUGCAUCAUAGGAACCGUCCCUGGUCUCAAUGAGCUUCUCCAAUUCCUCCUUGAUGAUAGUUCCAACAUGUUGAGCCGGAUUGAGGUCGGGGAAGGAGCCGGGCCAUUCGUUGUUCGAGAAAAAGUCCAGUCCGGAGUUCCGCAGCAGCUCUUGUGGCGCGAGGGCCUUAAAAGUCGAGCCUUCUCGAUAUCGGACAAUCAGGCAAUCGAGGAAAUGCCCGAAGGAACGUUCGGCGAUGUGUCAUUCCGCGCCAUCUCCAUCACGAAUACCGCUUUCAAGACCAUCCAUCCCUCGAAUCUGCUCGCCUCGAAAGACAGGCUUGAAUAUUUGACCGUCACUCACAGUUCUCUGGAUGAAUUUAUCUGGGAUGCGCUGCCCAAUUUCCCUAAAUUCGAAGGGCUUACACUCGGAACGAAUGCAUUCACCGAAAUGCCACCUUUCGAGAGUUUAAGUAUGGAAGAAGUGAACCUAUAUGGAAAUCAAAUCAUCGCUCUGGAAGCCGGGUCCUUUGCGCCGAACUUGCUGCGUUUCUUCCUGGGUUUCCCGACGGAUGCUAAUAUCAAUCUUUCAUGGAACAGCAUAGUGUACUUAAUUGAAGAGUCAUUCCGGCCCAUAGUUGAGGUCCUGUCGUUGGGGGGAGGGAAUAUCGGAUUGGAGGGUAACCCCGUCGUGUGCGACUGCAGCAUGGCCUGGCUUGCUCUGAAUCCAGGCUUCUUGGAGAGCGUGUCGGGUCGUUGCCCCGAUGGGACGCCCUUCUCAGACCUUUUUCCAGAGGACUUUCAAGAGUGCGGUACCUUUGAUUAAUGAGUGACGAACUGGCUCUCCUAUGUCGCUUCUCAUUGUUACAGAUUUCCCCUCCAAAAUGAGAUACUAGAAUGAGCCCAGUUUCUGAAUAAACAAUACCC